GAGUCGGCGGCGUCUGGGCGGGUGGUCCCCGCGCGCGCGCCAGGUCGGCUCCGCCGCGAGCCCUGGUCCUAGGACCGCAGCAGGCCAUGUUCGACCUCUAAAGGCGUCCGCGAGCGCAUUUUCACGUCGGCUCGUUGGUCUAGGGGUAUGAUUCUCGCUUCGGGUGCGAGAGGUCCCGGGUUCAAAUCCCGGACGAGCCCGGUUUCGGUUUUGGCGGAGACCUGAGUGGCCCCAGGCGCUGAUGGACAGAACGGCGCAGCACCACGCACGCGGCCCUGCAAACCCCGCCGCCGGCCGGGAGCCUGAAGUCGGUGCGCUGGGAGCUCUUUUGUUCCGAGCGCCCAGCCCGGUGGCCGGAGGGAGCUCGCGGUCCGCAGCCGGACCCAGCGAGCGGGCGGGAAGGACGCAGGCACGUGCGGACGUGCGGCCAGCCCUUCGCGUUCCCGCUCCGCUUCUUCGUGCUCUGCUCCCCUCCCGGCCGGCUGGCUCGGGCUGUGCGGUACUGGGAGUGGAACGGGGCGGGACCUAUCACGACCCGGUCUUCGCGGCCUCGCGGGCCGGUGGUGUCUCCGGGUCGCUCGGGCGGCCCAGAGUGUGCGCGGGUCUCCAGCUGGCCUUUCCCAGCAGUCGGAGGGACGGAAGCCCGGGCGAGCGCGCCAAGAUGCCAGAUCACCGAAACGGAGAACGCCGCUUUCAGCUCUGUCCUCGUUAGUAUAGUGACUCAGCCUGGCCUGAACACCCUGCCCCAGAGAGUCCCCCGGAAGGACCCUGCCACCCCGUCUGCGCUUGUCCUCAUGAGCCGCUCCAAUGCCCAGCCCACAGCUGCCCCUGGCCAGAAGGUGGUGGAGAACAGCAGUGGGACACCCAACUUCUCAACGCGCUCCUUCACCAUCGACGACUUUGAGAUCGGGCGUCCUCUGGGCAAAGGCAAGUUUGGAAACGUGUACUUGGCUCGGGAGAAGAAAAGCCAUUUCAUUGUGGCUCUCAAGGUCCUCUUCAAGUCUCAGAUAGAAAAGGAGGGCGUGGAGCACCAGCUGCGGAGGGAGAUCGAAAUCCAGGCCCAUCUGCAGCACCCCAACAUCCUGCGACUCUACAACUAUUUCUACGACCGACGAAGGAUCUACUUGAUUCUGGAGUACGCCCCCCGCGGGGAGCUCUACAAGGAGCUGCAGAAGAGCCGCACUUUCGACGAGCAGCGAACAGCCACGAUCAUGGAGGAGCUGGCCGACGCUCUGAUGUACUGCCACGGGAAGAAGGUCAUUCACAGAGACAUCAAGCCAGAGAAUCUGCUCCUGGGGCUCCAGGGCGAGCUGAAGAUCGCGGACUUCGGCUGGUCUGUGCAUGCCCCCUCCCUGAGGAGGAAGACGAUGUGCGGCACCUUGGACUACCUGCCCCCAGAAAUGAUUGAAGGGCGCACGCAUAACGAGAAGGUGGAUCUCUGGUGCAUCGGAGUCCUCUGCUACGAGCUGCUGGUGGGAAACCCGCCCUUCGAGAGCGCCUCCCACAAUGAGACGUAUCGGCGCAUCGUCAAGGUGGACCUGAAGUUCCCCGCGUCUGUGCCCGCGGGAGCGCAGGACCUCGUCUCCAAACUGCUCAAGCACAGCCCCUCAGAGCGGCUGCCCCUGGCCCAGGUCUCCGCGCACCCGUGGGUGCGAGCCCACUCCCGGAGGGUGCUGCCGCCCUCCGCCCUUCAGUCUGCCCCCUGACUUGUCCCUGUCAUGUAUUCGGUUGUGUCGGUUUGUAUGCCCGUGUUCGUGGAAUUGGAAGGGGGGGUGCCUGGCCUGUUGCUUUACCUGUCUUCUAACUCCUUUUUAUUUAAUAAAGGCGGAAGCUUUUUAUAC